AUGAGGGGAGUAAGACUUGUUAAUAUCGCAUCAACUCACUCAUCUGAAUGGGUUAGAAGGCAAAUCACCGAUAGAUAUUUGAUUCAAAAACACAUAGACAAUUAUCGCAGCAGAUCAGCUUACAAACUAAUUGAACUUGAUGAUAAAUAUUUCAUUUUUCGUAAAAACCAAACUGUUGUUGAACUAGGUUGUUAUCCAGGUGGAUGGGCUCAGGUUGCUCUCGAACGGACCUUAACAGGUGCAUCUUCUUCCAGAGUAAUUGGAAUUGAUAAGACUCAGAUCGACCCGAUACCAAAUUAUGACUUUAUAAAGGGGGAAAUAAACGACCAGGAAACUCAUAAUAAACUAUUAACACUUUUAGAUGGAGUUAAGGCUGACGUUGUUCUUAGUGACUUGGCUCCAAACUGUACUGGGAUUAAAAUGGACGACCAUUUAAACUCAGCUGAGCUUUGCUUACAGGCUGCUUCUCUAAUGGAAAAGAUAAUAACUGUUGGUGGUACUUUUGUUGUUAAAAUGUUCAUGGGUGGUCAACUGGAUAGGUACAAAACAUACCUUCGGAGCCUAUUUUCAGAAGUUAGAUCUGCAAAACCAAAGGCAUGUAGAUCCGAAUCCAAGGAGAUGUAUUUUGUUUGUAAAAAUUUUAUUGGUGCUCGAAAUAUACGUGGAGACGUUCAAACCGAAGGAAGUUAUUAUCCAAAAGAAGGAUUUCUGUAA